CGCAGCUGACGAGAGUAUAAAGCUACCUACGGUCAGCCCAAAAAUUUCUAUUGCCCGUCCGAUCGAUUGGUUGGUCCUGUUUUUCCCCCAUAUUGUCGGCGGCUCUUGUUUCCCUCGAUCAGCGAGCCGCGCUGAGAGUUCGUGACGGGUGGUAUACGUGGAUCCUUUUGGCUGGGACCAUUUCAUUGGAUUCGAGCUGACGGUGUGGGACGCACGGAGAAGGAGCUUUCGAUUUUGUCGACAAGUGGUCUGAGGUGGUUCAACGAAGAAGAAGAAGACAACCAUGGCCGUAGCUGCUGCACAGAAAAACCGGGAGAUGUUCGCCAUAAAGAAGUCGUAUAGUAUUGAGAACGGAUAUCCAGCGAGGCGCCGCUCGCUCGUGGACGACGCCCGUUUCGAAACGCUGGUCGUCAAGCAGACCAAGCAAAGCGUACUGGAGGAGGCUCGUAUACGAACUAAUGAUUCCGAUCCGGAAACCUGCAACGAAGUGGAUCAGCCCUUUGAAAAUUCGUCCUCGUCAGCUUCCAGUGACGAUGAACAGCAAGAGACUCUGGCCUGCGCUGCCAAGAAAGGCGAAGCCAAAGCAGAAGCAUCAUCCUCGGACGGCGAAGAAAAGGGUGGCGACGGUAAUGAAGACUUCGGGCUAACGGAGGAGGAGCUCGUGCUCGCCCGGUCGAUCGCCGAGAAUCCCGAAGACCAGACGGUCCAAACAGCUGCCCUCGUACUUCGGCUGCGUGAGGGCAUGACCGCUCUGCCCCGCAUCCUCAAGACCAUCGAGAACUUCAAGGGCCAGGUGAGCCACGUCGAGACCCGAGCGUCCAAAAAAGAGGGCCAGUUCGACGUUUUGGUGAAGGUGAACAUGACCAGGCAGAACCUCUCCUCCCUGAUUCGCAACCUGCGCCAGGGCUCGUCCCUCGGUGGUCUGACCCUCCUCGCCGAGAACACGAACGCCGUGACGGUCAAGGAUCCCUGGUUCCCCCGUCACGCCUCGGACCUCGACAACUGCAACCACCUGAUGACCAAGUACGAGCCGGACCUCGACAUGACCCACCCGGGCUUCGCCGACAAGGAGUACCGGGCACGCCGAAAACUCAUAGCCGAGAUAGCCUUCGCGUACAAGUACGGGGAUCCCAUACCCAACAUCCCGUACACCGAGACCGAAAACGAGACCUGGCGGCGCGUCUUCAACACCCUGGUCGACCUGGUGCCCAAGCACGCCUGCAAGGAGUACCAGCGCGUCUUUGAGCGGCUCAUCGAGGAAAAGAUCUUCGAGCCCCACUGCGUGCCCCAACUCCAGGAGGUCAGCGAUUUCCUUCGCAAGAGCACCGGCUUCACCCUCCGCCCGGCAGCUGGACUGCUCACGGCCCGUGACUUCCUCUCCAGCCUGGCCUUCCGGAUAUUCCAGAGCACCCAGUACAUCCGCCACAUCAACAGCCCCUACCAUACGCCCGAGCCGGACGCGAUCCACGAGCUGCUCGGACACAUGCCUCUGCUGGCGGACCCGAGUUUCGCUCAGUUCUCUCAGGAGAUAGGUCUGGCUUCGCUGGGGGCGAGCGACGAGGAGAUCGAGAAGCUCUCGACCAUAUACUGGUUCACCGUCGAGUUCGGCUUGUGCAAGGAGGGCGCCGAUACCAAAGCUUACGGUGCCGGUUUGCUCUCGGCCUACGGGGAACUGCUCCACGCUCUGAGCGAUAAGUGCGAGCACCGGCCCUUUGAGCCUUCCACCACGGCCGUGCAGCCGUAUCAGGACCAGGAGUACCAGCCGAUCUACUACGUGGCCAACAGUUUCGAGGACGCGAAGGAAAAGUUCCGGCGUUGGGUAGCGACGAUGUCGCGGCCGUUCGAGGUGAGGUUCAACCCGCACACGCAGAGCGUCGAGGUCCUCGACAGCGUGGAGAGGCUGGAGGGCGCAUUGUCCCAGCUGAACAUUGAGCUGACCCACCUGACGAACGCCCUCAACAAAAUGAAGGUGUCGUUCGCGUAAGGUUUCGCUGGGCCGGCCUCGUACUGCGGGCCAGCAUCGACAGCGGAGCCAACUAGUGACAGUGACGAUUGUGGUGAUGGUCGGGAGGACGCGCUCGCCGAUCGCGAGAGGUACCCUACCGGGGGAUUUGGUGGUUGUCGGCGUGGGGACGGUGACCGCGGUUGGAAUGAUUUUAGAAACGGUAGGGCUUUUGCUGAUGAGGUCAGGAGACGCGCCCGGCUUACGUGGCUUAGGAACCGGCGACGCUUCUGCCAUGUCCUGUGAGCUUUUCCGUGAUUAUGGUCAUGAUAACGCACGAGUACAAACGUUAAAAGAACAACAACAACAAAUGUGUGUUUUAAGAGAAAUCAAAGUCGUGGUCCAUUGUCACUAUGGAACUUGUUAUAUGACACGAGUCUAGUUUUUCUGGCUGCUAAGAUUCAACUGUAUUUAAUAUUUAUCGGAAGGAGGACCACACGUCAAAGGCACAAUAACUAGAUGGUAUUGUAUUCAAUGACUUGGAAAGUAGGAAAAAAUAUAUUUCAAAUAAAAUGCAUGCUCUAAAAUAUCGUGUACUCAUGUGGUAUGUUGAAGAAAAAUGAUUAAACAAAAAAAAAAUAAUAAUAAUUAGUUGCAACAAACUUCGGCUGGCCGAUAUAGAUUCGUCGAAUGUUAUGUUUUAGGAAUAAAACCGUGUUUAUAAAGGCGCUAGUUUUAAAGACAAUUGAAUCGUUAUUGAAGAAAAGGUUAAGCUUUCACGACAUGGUAGAGUUUCGUUCAUUAUCGAUUAUAUUCAUUUAAUGGUGUUAGAUAAUUUAAACUUUGAUUUGCUACUUCUACUCUCUGAUUAUUUUUUAAAAUUAAAUGCACAAAAAUGGACAUCAACGAAUUUUAAGUAUGAAUUAAGAUACAUAUAAAAAUGAGCCACGUAGGUUAUGAAUUCAUAAUUUAUACAAAUACUGAAAAAAAAAAUCAUUGAGUAUGCAAAUGAACUGUUCAAGUACCCUUUGAAUUGAAAAAAAAAAAAAAAAGGAACAUGUUUAAAACCCCAAAAUGGCAAGCCAGUCUCAAUGAUUUUUUCUUUCUAAGCAAAAAAGUAGGCCACCACUACGAUUCAUAUCCACUCAAAGCCACUCGUCAUACAUUCAUAAUAAAUAUAUACUUCCUAUUCCUCCCCCCUUUGUAUAAAGUCUCUCUUUCAUUUUUAUUUUCGUCUACUUUAUAUCUAUUAUUUUUUUAAUUUAAUUUUUUUUUUCCUUUUCCCUUUUACACGCAGAGGAGCCCACGUGCGGAUUUUGGCAUGCACGACUUGAAAGUAUUAUUAGUUUGCGGAUAAGAAAAAACACAAAAAACGCUCGGAGAGCCGGACACAAUAAUUAUUUUCCCUUUUUUUUUUUUUUUUCACUUUGCAUUACAUAUACCUGCAAAAACUUUUUCUAACACAAAACCAACAAUUUCUCCGACUUUGAUUCUAAAGCUCCUGCGCCGAGCGAGCCGCGCGCGGGCGUAUUUUACAUAAUAUAAUUUUUUUUUCACAGUACCAUGUACUAUAUACCGUAUUGUGUUAAUUACAUGUAUUAUGCCUCACACCAUAUGUUAUACAUACAUAUCUUACUUGUUAGCUUUGAAUUGCGUACUCUGGCUAACUCACAGACGAAACAGCAAGCACCUGCCCUCAAAUUACUAGGAUUGUACAGUUACUAUUUAUACACAUAUGCAACUAUCUUUCUUUUGUAUUAAUUAUUUUUUUUUUUUUUUUUUUUUUUUUUUUUUUUUU